AUGUCCUGUCCUCCUGUACGUUCCACCUCCCAAAUCCGAUGCGGUGUGUUGCACUGCAGGGAAACACAUGCAGGGGGGGGAGGCAGGCUGCACAUGGGCAUGGAGGGGGAGGACGUGGUGGUGUAUGAGGAGCAGCUGGGAGCCUUGGUGUUUACUGUGCCCUGUGCCCUGGAAACACAUGCAGGGGAGGGAGGCAGGCUGCACAUGGGCAUGGAGGGGGAGGACGUGGUGGUGUUUACUGUGCCCUGUACCCUGGAAACGCACGUGGCAGGGGGAGGCAGGGUGCACAUGGGCAUGGAGGGGGAGGACGUGGUGGUGUAUGAGGAGCAACCGGGGGAGGUGGUAACUGCCAUGACGCAUGCCCCGUUCCUCUACAACAUCACGCACUGCUCUCCCCCCAUCCACGGCCAGCCGUUACUGGAUGGAGGAAUAGCAGAGAUCACGGAUUUUCGUGACUUGCUGAAUUAUGAGUCUUGGUAUUAUGGCCAGGUGAUGAUAGUGAACGACUGUGUGUUUCGCUUCCGCCACCUCUCCAAGUGGAUCAUGUACCUUGACUUUGACGAGUUCAUGUUCAUUGCUGGCCAGGAGCGCACCCCCACGCCCCUCAACGUGCACGACUUCCUCAUGCCAUACGAGGGCAUGGCCUACGUCACCCACGGGUGUCUCUUGUGGAACUUCCACGUCUGCCUGCCCUCCCAAGGCGAUAACGAUCCCAGGUGGCCGCUGGAGCGCAUGCUGUGGCAUGAGCCGGGGAUCUUCUGCAGGGGUGAUGCCAACAACACCGACCCCACCAUGUGCCUGCAAUCCCCCGGCCAUCGCAAGCUGUUUGUGGAUCCCAGAAGGGUGCAAAUGGUGGUGAACCAUUGGGUGCAACUACCCCAUACGGGCGGCAUAGACCUGUCUACGGACAUUCUCAGGCAUGACCACUUCCAUGAACCCCGCACGGGCGGCAUAGACCUGUCCACAGACAUUCUCAGGCAUGACCACUUUCAUGUGAUGAUAGUGAACGACUGUGUGUAUCGCUUCCGCCACCUCUCCAAGUGGAUCAUGUACCUUGAUUUUGACGAGUUCAUGUUUAUCCAUGGCCAGGAGCGCAUCCCCACGCCUCUCAACGUGCACGACUUUCUCAUGCCAUACGAGGGCAUGACCUACGUCAGCCACGGAUGCCUCUUGUGGGACCACUAUCGCUGCCUGCCCUCCCAAGACAAUAAUGGUGUUGGAGUGCAAAUUGUGGCACUGCCUGCUGCUGUGGCACUGCCUGCUGCUGUGGCACUGCCUGCUGCUGUGGCACUUCCUGCUGCUGUGGCACUGCCUGCUGCUGUGGCACUGCCUGCUCCGGAGAUGUUUUGUAAAGCUAAAGACAACAACACCAACCCCACCAUGUGCCUGGGCCACUAUGGUCAUCGCAAGCUGUUUGUGGAUCCCAGAAAGGUGCAAGCAAGUGGUGACAACCCAUGGGCCGUGCCUGGUAAGCGGGAGUUCAGGAACCCAGAGGAGGGAGGCACCUUGUGUUGA